GGUUGACCCGUUUUUCUACCAGAAAUGCUUACAUACAAGCCGCAGCCAACUUCACUUCGAUUUUUUUUUGGGAGUGACUAAGAUUCGUUGUAAAGUGUGUGAGCCUACGACAAACGCAUUGAAGAAAUCGGCGGCGCGCAGGGAUUAUUGGAUUUCGUUUAGCACCCGCACAGAAAAAGGACGGGAACUGGAUUAGCCAAGGAUAUCGAAUCGAGUGAGCGAUAGCAAAACAAAGUCAGGAAAAUGGGUGCAAGAGAAGACGAGUACGACUAUCUGUUCAAAGUUGUCCUUAUCGGUGACUCGGGUGUUGGUAAAAGUAAUUUGCUCUCACGUUUCACGCGCAAUGAAUUCAAUUUGGAGUCCAAGUCGACGAUUGGCGUUGAGUUUGCAACGCGCAGCAUAGAGGUCGAUGGGAAAACAAUUAAAGCGCAAAUCUGGGAUACGGCCGGCCAGGAGCGUUAUCGCGCCAUCACCUCUGCCUACUACCGCGGUGCCGUGGGAGCCCUGCUCGUCUAUGACAUUGCCAAGCAUCUGACCUACGAGAACGUGGAGCGGUGGUUACGGGAGUUGCGCGACCAUGCCGACCAGAACAUCGUCAUCAUGCUGGUGGGCAACAAGUCCGACUUGCGGCACUUGCGCUCCGUGCCAACGGACGAUGCGAAGCUGUUUGCUGAGCGCAACGGCUUGAGUUUCAUAGAAACCUCGGCCCUUGACUCGACGAACGUUGAAACGGCAUUCCAGAAUAUACUCACAGAGAUCUAUCGCAUUGUGUCGCAGAAACAGAUCAGAGACCCGCCGGAAGGCGAUGUCAUUCGCCCGUCGAAUGUGGAGCCGAUCGACGUGAAGCCAACUGUUACCGCCGACGUGCGCAAGCAGUGCUGUCAGUGACCGCCCCAAGCAACUUUCGCUAUCCCCCGCAACCGCCAGAACAGCAACAUAAACAGAAGCAACAACAAUUAUAACUACAACAACAACAGCAGCAACAGCAACAACUAUAAGAUCAGAAGCAGCGAAUAUCUGAUGGACCGCAUAAGAUGUUUUUGUGUUUUUCAACCACAGCCACUGGCAGUUCAGUUUGUCAUAUGUGCAUAAAUUGAUAAAUCAAAUCAACACCACCACCACCAACAGCAACAGAAUCGAAAACAACAUCCGGCUGUAGUUAACUGCGGUUUAAACUGAAGUUUUAUAUAUACAGAUUUAAAGAAUAUCGCAUAAAUCGAUCGCCGUGGAAGGAACAUAAGCAAAACUAAACACUCCAAAUUCAGUUUAAGCUGUAGAACUAUAAUUUAUAUAAAUAUACAUAUAUGCUAAUAUUAAAAAUAUUAAUAUUAUUAAUUUUUCGCAACAUAAUUACAUAGUUGUAAUUUUUCGAGAAAAAACAAACAAACAAAACCGGAGAACUUCGAUUUCCACAACACUGCAGCGCGGCGCAAGCAAAUUUUGCGGAUUUUCUUCAGUUUUCACUCUUACAUUUUCAACAAUUGGCCACAACGUAAAAGAAAAUUUGUCUAAAACUAGCUGAUAAAAAGAAAUCAAACAAAAACAGUUGUAAAACUUUAAAUGCAUAAAUGAAACGAAAUAACAUCAUUUGUGUUUGCUAUGUUAAGUGUGAUUAAAUAAAUAUAAUUUAAACAAAAGUAA